AUGAAUGACAACAGCACCUCACAGCCCCCAUCCUCGCCGCAGCCCAAUGAGGAUUACGAGAUCCAGUUACCCGUGUACCGCCGCCCUGGCGAGCCCGAGCACUACCGUCUCUCAGCCGCGCGGCUCGCGGGGCGCCCCUAUCUCGAACGCCCACUCCCCGCGGCACAGCCCAUCCACUUCUGGUUCCGGACCCGGUGCCUGUCGGCCACGGCUGCCCAGCUCUCCGAUCUGCACCCGCACGUGCUCGGCCUCCAGCUUCGUCCAUCCGCCGUCGCGAACCUGAUCGCCUCUGCCGUCGGCCUCCUACCCCCCCGCGUCCAGGGUUGGAUACGCGCUCUAUUUCCUGAGUGGUUUCUCCCUGACUGUGUCGUCAUGAAGAUGCGGAAAUCCGGCGAGUGCGAGGAAAUCCUAGACGAGCAUUUUGAUGCCGAGCUCAAGGCAUACCGCCUGAUGAGACCGAUCCAGGGCCUGAUCAUCCCGCAGUUCUUUGGCAGCGUGCGCUAUAAAGGCCAAAGGGCUAUGAUCCUCGAGCAUGUUCAGGGCAUAUUGAUGUCGUCGCCUGAGGGCGCCACCUUGAGGUUGAGCGAGCUGGCCGCACUGCUCCUGCCGUGCUACCGAGCAUUGCAUCCAUUUCGCGUGCAGUACGACGACAUUAACCUGUCUAACUUUGUCCUGGUGGAUGGGAGGAUGAGGGUUUUGGACUUGGAGAGCGCCGUGUUUGAUUCCUCGGACCGUGAUAUGGCCCUUUUUACAAAGCUCAGCAUUCAGGAGCUGGCCCAGAGAUACAUGUCGAUGCAGGCGUAUUAUCGACACGAGGGGUCGCUGGAAGCGGCUGAAUGA